AUGAUGCAAACUAUGGCUUUUUAUCCUGCCUUCUUUUCUUCUGCCCUUCUCGUUUCGUCGAGAAAAAGAAAGCUCUUUUCGGUUUCUCUUCGCUCUUCGGAGCAAGAGAAAACCGUCAAAAAACAAAAAUUGUUUUCUCCCCCUGUUGUUUGUCGUCGUGUCCGCCUUUGUGUGGCACGGCCGCGUCCUUCUCGUGCGCGCCGGUUUCGCCCUUUGGGUGUUAGCCCUCGUGCUCCUCCGGCACCUGUGUGUAUUCCUGUCCCUCCUUUGUCUUUUCUUGUUGCGGCUUCCCCUCGGCAUGCGCUUAUGUUUAUUUCUCUCAAAGCUUCCCAUUGGACAUUGUGCAAUGUAAUUCUUAAGGACUAUGAAAUAUGA